AUGUCACUGGCAAGAUUACUCCUAUAUUCCUUGAAAAAUCGGUCUGAAGAGUCUCGGCAUAUAUUCAAACGAUUUGGUUCAUCUAAGAGAUUUUACUCUUCCAGCACAAGGUCAACGGGAAGCAAUACACCUCCCCUUCCAUUACCUGAACAGUCUACGUCCCCCAGCCCUUGGAGAUCUCUUAUUAUUCCUGGUUCCAUCAUAGCUGGAAUUGGUGGUUUGGUUUUUUUCAUUCACUAUAACGAUGAAAAGAGAGCGAUUCCAAAAGGCCAGGGUGUAAAGUUUGAAAGAAGUGCCAUUCAAGGGCCGAUAAUUGGUGGUCCUUUCAGCCUAAUUAAUACAGAAGGCCAGUUAGUCACUGAACACAAUCUUCUGGGGAACUGGGUUCUACUCUACUUCGGUUAUACUUCAUCUCCUGAUGUUGGGCCAGUAGAGGUUCUAAAGAUGGCCAAGACUGUUGAGAUAUUAGAGUCCAAACAGAAUCUCAAGAUUUUGCCCAUAUUUGUCACAAUUGAUCCUCAGAGGGAUACGCCUGCACAGCUUCGUGCUUACCUCAGAGAGUUCGACUCAAGGAUAGUGGGAUUAACCGGACCAGUUGCUGCUAUAAGACAGAUGGCACAAGAGUACCGUGUAUUCUUUAAAAAGGUUGACGAAGAAAGAGAUGAUUAUCUUGUCGAGUCUUCUCAAAACAUGUACUUGAUGAACCCAAACAUGGAAGUAGUGAGGUGCUUUGGACUUGAAUACAGUGCGGAAAAACUGACGGAAGCAAUACUCGAGGAGAUGAAGAAAUCUGGAACUUAA